AAAUACCACCGCGCGCCGCAGUCACCGUUGUUGCGUGAUUGUGAUGAUACCAUUUAUUACGGUCGGUACUGGUGGUUACCCGUAGUCGACGCGAAGUUUUUAUAUGCACUUAACCGUCUGUCUAUUUAUCUAUCUAACUGUCUAUUUUUAUAUGUUUAUGUAUAUAUAAGUUUUUCUCCGCGAAACAUCGCGUUUCGUCGUCGAGACGACCCCGCCGAAACGGGACGUCACUACCCGGACGAGAAUUCAGCGGGCUUUGCAGUUCAGCGGUGCGUUAUCAUUUGUACGUAACGCGGCGUCCGGAAUAAAAGAAAAAAAAAAAAAAAUUCCGGUCGUCAACGAUGUGGUCAUUGUCAAAGAUUGGUCGUCGGAUGGUUACCGUAUUCGUCGGUCGUUGUCAGCAGCAGCAGCAGCAGCAGCAGCAGAAUUGGCAUGAUCUGCCUCGGUGUCAUUCAUCGUGCAGCUCGCCGACGACAGAUGUGGCCUCUCCGUUGCGAAGUACUAAAAAGAAGUCGGACCGAGCGUCGUCCAAGCACCUGGUGGACGUGAAGACGGUGCGGGUGACUGGCGGCUGUGGCGGUGACGGGCGCGUGUCGUUCUUGAAGUUGUUCGGUAACGAGAACGCCGGCCCGGACGGCGGUGACGGAGGUAACGGCGGCCACGUAGUGUUCCGCGCGUCGGAAAACGUCACCGGGUUAGAACACGUGCUGAGCCUGAUCAAGGCGCCGGACGGCGAGAACGGCUACAACAAGGAUUGCCACGGCAAGUGCGCGGAACAUCAUUUCGUGGACGUGCCCGUGGGCACGGUUGUUAAAGACAGCACCGGCCGCGUGGUCGGCGACCUUAGCCGUCACGGCAUGUUGUUCGUGGCCGCUCGGGGCGGCGCGGGCGGCCAUGGCAACCGUUACUUCGCUACAGACACGGAACAGGUGCCCGAGGUGGCCGAGGUGGGCGGCGCCGGUGAGUCGCUGCAAUACACGUUGGAGCUGAGCAGCAUCGCCGACUUCGGGCUGUUGGGGUUCCCAAACGCAGGCAAGAGCACGCUGUUGCGCGCCAUCACCCGGGCCAGGCCAAAGGUUGCGCCGUAUCCAUUCACCACGCUACAGCCGUAUAUUGGCAUUGUGCGGUACAGCGACAUGGAAACGGUGGCCGUGGCCGAUUUGCCGGGUCUGAUCGAGAACUCGCACUGCAAUCACGGGCUGGGCAUAUCGUUCUUGCGUCACGUGCAGCGGUGCAUGGCGCUACUGCUGCUGGUCGACCUGUCGCUGCCUGAGCCCUGGUCGUACGUGGACGUGCUCCGCAAUGAGGUGCGGUGUUUUUCCGAGUCGAUCCUGGACCGACCGCAAGUGAUCGUGGCCAACAAGAUUGACGUGGAUGGCGCCCGCGACAAUCUAAUCGCACUCAAGCAAUGGCUGCCCGGUGACACGGUCAUCGAGGUGUCUGCCAAGCAUGGUAUUAACCUGGAGUUCCUGUUGAAGCACAUGAAGCACAUUUACGACGAGAAGCUUAAAGGCGCGGAGCCGAACGCUAUCAGGACGCCCCGUUGACUGAACUUAAUAUAAUACUUACGAUUAAUUUUCUUCCGUUUAUAAUUAUUAGAUUAGCUAUGUUGAGUGAGCGAAUAUUGUAUUUAUAAGUUCUUUUAUUACAACUAUACUUUUGUAGUAUUCGACUUUUGUGUUCAAAAUGACCAACAAGGUUUGCUCCCAGGAAUCAUGAAAUAAACGCGACAUUAUGCAUAUUA